UUCUACAUCACUCAUACAUUUCUACAUCCACGAUGUAUUUACGGGGUACAUGUCUGUACUUCGUACUAUUAAUAUCAUGGGGUGUACUGAAGGUUUCCUGUGAAGAAGGCCAUUGUGUGUGGUAUGGAGUAUGCGGUUCCGUUCAUAAUUUCCAGCCAACCAACUGUGUCUAUAAUGGACCAGCAAAGCCACUCUCUGACCCAAGUGCCUUGAAAAUCUUGAAGGAUUACUGCCCAACACUUUAUAAAGGUCCGAACACGCCGACUUGCUGUAAUAAUGACACCAUUCAUAACUUUGCCAAAAGUUUGAGUCAGGCUCAAGAGUUGUUGACCCGCUGCCCAUCAUGUUUUUACAACUUCCGCAACCUUUAUUGUUCUUUCACUUGCGACAGUCAACAGAGCAAAUACGUCCAUGUUUCUGAGACAAAGAAUAUUUCUGGCAAACUUGCCGUUGGAAGCAUUGAAUACGCUGUUGACCCCGUGUUUGCCAAUGGCCUCUUUGACUCCUGCAAAAAUGUUCUAAUGCCGAGUGCCAACAUGAAAGCCAUUACAUUGAUGUGUGGUAGUUAUGGCAAGCAUUGUACUGCUGAAAAGUGGUUGAAAUAUAUGGGAGAUAUUGGAAACAUGCACACUCCAAUUGGUAUUCACUUCAAUGUCACAAGCACUCCCUGGAAUGUUACUCCUCAGAAAUCAUUAGUUCCUAUGAAUUACUCAAUAAUUCCUUGUAGUUCACCUGUAAGCAAUGACACAAAAGCUUGCAGUUGUCAAGACUGCAGCAGUUCGUGCCCUGUUUUCCCACCAGCCCCUAAACCUCCAAAACCAUGGGAGAUUCUCUACAUUAAUGCUUAUGAUUUCAUAUGGGGCUCCAUAUUUCUAGGGUUUUUUCUUGCAUUUAUGUCCUACGUUAUUUGGGAAAACAUUGUCUGGCAAAAUAGUUUGGGCUUGGCUGAUGGAAAUGAGCCAACUCAGUUGUCUGAUUAUCCAGUUUUAGGGGAGACUAUAUUUGCAACUCGCAGUAAAUUAUCUACUAUAGGUGAUAGCUUCAUGAACUUUUUAGAUGAAAAGUUUUAUAAGUGGGGCUAUUUGUGUGCUAAAUACCCACUGAGAGUUCUUUCAGUUAGUGCAGUUAUUUCCAUUGCCCUUUCUUGCGGGGUUAUAAAAUUCCAAGUUAUUACUAACCCUGUAUUACUGUGGUCAGGCGCUACUAGUGAAGCUCGUCUUCAGAAGAACUACUUUGAUGAAAAUUUCGGACCUUUCUACCGCAGUGAAAUGGUAAUUAUAACAAGAAAUGGGAACCACUCUCGUAUCCAGCAUCUUAUGCCACCACCAUCAGCAACAUUUGUCUAUUACGAUCCCAUUUUUGACAAAGACUUCAUGCAUCAGGUUCUUGACUUGCAAAAUGCUAUUUCUGAGCUAACUACAGAAUUCAACAAUGAGACAAUUGGACUGAAAGACAUCUGUUUCUCCCCUUUGGCACCGGCCAAUAACAACUGUACAAUCCAGAGUAUAUUCCAGUACUUUCAGAACGACCAUGCCAACCUUGAUAAAGUCAACAAGACCAUCCUACAAACUUUUGCUGAUUAUCUUGACCACAUAGAGACCUGUGCUAUGAACCCUACUUUGAUGAACGACACCAGCAUUAGUUUACCUUGUACAGGUAACUUUGGAGGACCAGUCGAAAUCAGUAUGGCACUUGGAGGACUAACAAAUAAUAAUGUGAAGAAUGCCACUGCUUUUAUCAUCACUUUUAUUGUCAACAACUAUCUUGAUGAUGGUAAGAUUGCCAAAGCAGCUGCAUGGGAGAAAAAAUAUAUUGACUUUCUGAAAAAUUAUUCCAAUCCAAAUAUGACAAUCUCUUUCUCUGCAGAGCGUUCCAUUCAAGACGAGCUAGAACGUGAAAGUGAAUCUGAUGUCAGCACCAUUCUGAUCAGUUAUAUAAUCAUGUUUAUCUACAUCUCCUUGGCUCUUGGACAGUUCCGCAGUGUCAGAACAGUCUUUGUUGAUUCCAAAAUUACCCUUGGUCUUGGAGGAGUUGUCAUUGUGUUUCUGUCUGUGAUGAUGUCUCUUGGCAUCUUCAGCUACAUUGGUCAGCCAGCCACCCUUAUCAUUAUUGAGGUCGUACCAUUUUUAGUUCUGGCUGUCGGAGUUGACAACAUCUUUAUUCUUGUACAAGCAUUACAGCGUGAUGUAGGUGACCCAGAUGAAAUGUUUGAGUGCAAAAUUGGAAGAAUUGUUGGUAAAAUUGGUCCAAGUAUGCUACUUACUAGUCUUUCUGAAUCGGUAGCUUUCUUAUUAGGUGCUCUCACUACAAUGCCUGCUGUCCGAAUGUUUUCGCUCUAUGCUGGAAUGGCUGUCUUCUGUGAUUUCGCUCUACAGAUCACCUGCUUUAUCAGUUUAAUGGCAUUAGAUGCAAAGCGACAAAAAGCCAACAGAUUGGAUGUGCUUUGUUGUAUAAAGCUGAAAAUGAAGAAUGUUCUCGGCACUGAAGAAUGCUUAUACUCAUUGAUAAAGAAUUACUAUGCUAGAUUUAUAAUGAAGAACUAUGUUCGGCCAAUCAUUAUGGUUGUGUUCUCUCUCUGGUUUUGCAUUUCUGGUGCUCUGAUGAUGCGUGUAGAAAUUGGUUUAGACCAAAGUUUGUCGAUGCCAAAGGAUUCCUAUGUUCUGCAAUAUUUCCAUAACCUGUCCGAAUACCUGUCGAUAGGACCCCCUGUUUAUUUUGUUGUGCAAAACGAGGUGGAUUAUUCGUUGAUAGAAAACCAAAACAAAUUCUGUGGCGUUACAGGUUGCAACUCAGAUUCUUUGGAAGGACAAGUUUUUGUAGCUUCCAUGCAGCAAAAUUACACUCGAAUUGCCAAGUCUUCGUCCUCUUGGCUUGAUGAUUAUUUUGACUGGAUCAACCCAGAUACCCAGAAUCCAUGUUGCCGUUACUAUAAAUCCACUGGAAAGUUCUGUGAUUCUGAUGUUGUUAAUCCUGAUUGUGUUCCGUGUAAAGUGAAAAUGGAAGGCAAUCGACCAAGUCCGGAAGAUUUCAAGAAAUAUUUACCAUGGUUUUUGGAUGCUAUACCCAGUGUGCAGUGUUCCAAAGGAGGUCAUGGUGCAUAUGCUACGGCUCUCAAGUUUAACAAAAAUAAAACUGAAGUAUUAUCUUCCUAUUUCAUGUCAUUCCAUACGGUGCUGAAGACGUCCACCGAUUAUAUUGACGCUUAUAAACACGCUCGAAUAAUUGCUGAAAAUAUUACAAAGACAAUGAAUGCUAGUGGGGAAUACAAAGUUUUCCCUUACAGUGUCUUCUAUGUGUUCUACGAGCAGUACCUAUCAAUCGUCAACGACUCCAUCUUCAACAUUGGGAUGUGUUGUGCAUCCAUCUUCGUCAUGACCGUCAUUCUGAUGGGAUUUGAUUUCCACACUGCAAUCCUUGUCGUUUUUACCAUUCUUAUGAUAUUGGUCGAUAUGUUAGGAAUGAUGUACCUUUGGGAUAUACAGCUCAAUGCCCUUUCACUUGUGAAUCUUGUCAUGGCUAUUGGAAUAUCAGUUGAAUUCUGUUCUCAUAUUGCUCGAGGCUUUGCUGUAGCUAAGGAGGGAGACAAAGUCGCAAGGGCCCAAUAUGCUGUGGCUCAUACAGGAAGUUCAGUAAUGAGUGGAAUAACGCUGACCAAACUUUUUGGAAUUAUUGUCCUAGCCUUUUCAAAGUCCCAGAUUUUUAGAGUCUUUUAUUUCCGAAUGUAUUUUGGCAUUGUAAUUUUUGGAGCAACCCAUGGUCUAAUAUUUUUACCGGUUUUGCUCAGUUAUAUUGGUCCACCAAAAAGAAACGUACAUCAGUUUGAAAUUGAAGACAAAAGGAGUUCUUCAGACCGAAGUGAUAGUGAAACCAGAGAAAGAUAUCAGAAAAUGUGAGGGAUAGACUUGUUCUUUACAAGAAAACAAACACCGCCAUUCUUGUGUUGAGAAUGAAUUCACUGUACAAAGCCAAUAAUAACAGUAAUAAUAAUAAUAAUAAUGAUAACACGAAGGGAAGAAUUGUUCAUUAGUUACUGAGUGAUUAUUUAAAUUAUAAAAAAAAAUUGCAGACAGAUUUGAUAAUCCCCCACCCCCUCCAUUUGUUCCUAAAUUUUUAACUCUGAAAAUUCAAAAUAACAUCAUCACUACUACUACUACUACUACUACUACUACUACUACCACCACCAUUACUUCUAUUUAAUUUGCAGGAGUGUUUCUCCCAUAAAACACAAAAAUAAAAAUAAUUUAAAUAACAACAAUUUACUAAUAAAAAAAAAAAACCCUGCUUGAUUCUGUUUGAUUUCUUAAGCUUCUCCGAUGUUUGCAGGAUUCUCUCUUUCUCUAAAAUAAUUUACAUUUUUUUUCAAUCGAAUUCAGUGUUUUUUGUUCUCUUUUUCAGUACAGUGAUUGUUUUUGAAUUUAUUUUUUUAAUAAAGAAAACAUUUUUUGUAAAUAGUUCCAUUAAAUAUAACAUGAUUUGUAGAUUGUUGUUUUAUUAAAACAGCUUUUAUUUUAAUGUGCUUCUCACGAAAAUAUGGCAAUCACAUUUUGGUGAGUGGUAUGGGGGGGCGGGUUAUCAAGUUUCAGUUUUUAAUUGUUUUUUGAUGGUUUUUUUUUUUUUUCAAGUGAUUGGAAAAAUAGCGUUAAUAAUGUUAACAAGAUGAAAUAAUUAUUUCUGACACACAGUGUAAUUAAUUGGCACUUGAAUGAUUUGUUUGAGUUUUCAUUCUAUUUGUUUGUUUUUAACAUCUUGAUUACAACCAUGCAUUCCGACUGUCUCCAGCAAAACAUAUAACGACAGUGAAGAUGAAAAUGUUAAACCGAGCAAAUGAAUGGAAAAAGUUCUAUAAUUUUAGUGGGGGUUGGAGGGGGGACCGUCCCUUUUUUUUUUCUAGGGCUUUGAAGGGCUUUAUUUUCAUUCAGAAUCCCUCCGUCACAAUUAGUACUCAUCUCAAGAUGUUUCCACAUGACUAAAUCAUCCUCCCUGUUCGUAAACAAGUCCCAACCAACAUAUUUUCAUUCUCUACAAAUGCUAGACUUCACAUUCUCUGAUUACCUUUCAAGGUUUACCACACGUCUAUAUUGCCAAGACUGCAUCUAACAAAAGUUGGGGGGUUAUUCUCUUCAGCUUUCAACAAUUUCUUUAUAAACCCUCUGUGUAUACCACAAAGAAUUCUCUUUGAAUAUAUACACAGAGCAUAUCUAACUUUACUCACCUCCUCCAAAAUGUCAUCUGACUUAUUGCCAUGUUGCCACCACCAAAUCCGUGAUGUGCACACAAACCCUGUCUCUUUUACUGCUAUUAUAAACAAUUUCUGUUCUCCUUUGAACCUUCAAACUAUGUAUACCUCCUAUGUCAUCUGUAUUUACAUAGACUCCCCUUUUUUUUUUGAAAAUAUUUCCCAAUAUCUUCCUCCCAGAACUUGUGACCCUC